AUGGUUCUUCAAGAUCUUGGCCGUCGCAUUAACGCGGCGGUCACAAACCUCACACGUGAACAGAAUCUAGAUGAAAAGGCUUUCGAUGGUAUGCUCAAGGAGAUUUGCGCUGCCCUACUCGAAGCAGAUGUCAACGUGCGACUCGUCGGUCAACUACGAAAGUCCAUCAAAUCGACAGUCAACUUUAAAGAACUUCCUCCCGCCGUGAAUAAGAAACGCCUCAUCCAGAAAGCCGUUUUCGAUGAACUCGUCAAACUCGUCGAUCCUCACGCCGAACCGUUCCGACCAAAGAAAGGCAAGAGCAAUGUCAUCAUGUUUGUUGGUCUUCAAGGUGCUGGAAAGACCACAACAUGUACAAAACUCGCCCGACACUACCAGUCAAGAGGUUUCAAGGCUUGUUUGGUUUGCGCGGAUACCUUCAGAGCUGGUGCUUUCGAUCAGCUGAAGCAGAACGCCACCAAGGCCAAGAUCCCCUACUAUGGUUCCCUUACCGAGACCGAUCCCGCAGAGGUUGCUAGAGCUGGUGUUGACCAAUUCAAGAAGGAGAGAUUUGAGGUUAUCAUUGUUGAUACUUCAGGUCGUCACAGACAAGAAUCAGCUCUGUUCCAGGAGAUGGUGGACAUUCAAGAAGCCAUCAAACCUGAUGAGACAAUCAUGGUUCUUGACGCUUCAAUUGGUCAACAGGCUGAAUCACAGGCAAAGGCUUUCAAAGAGGCAGCUGAUUUCGGUGCCAUUAUCAUCACCAAAACGGACGGUCACGCACACGGUGGUGGUGCCAUUUCCGCCGUCGCAGCAACACACACUCCAAUUGUGUUUAUUGGUACUGGUGAACAUAUGAUGGAUUUCGAAAAGUUCGCUCCUGAACAGUUUGUCCAAAAGCUACUCGGCAUGGGUGAUAUGGCUGGAUUGAUGGAGCAUGUCCAAAGUCUCAACCUCAACCAAAAAGACACCAUCAAGCAUAUUCAAGAAGGUAUCUUUACAGUACGUGACCUGAGAGAUCAACUCUCCAACAUCAUGAAGAUGGGUCCUCUAUCCAAGAUGGCAGGCAUGAUUCCAGGUAUGAGCAACAUGAUGCAGGGUAUGGAUGAUGAGGAGGGUGGUGCCAAACUCAAACGAAUGAUCUACAUCUGCGACUCCAUGACCGAGAAGGAACUCGACUCGGACGGAAAGACCCUUAUCGACCAACCAACCCGAAUGACCCGAAUCGCCCGUGGAUCAGGAACAUCAGUACGAGAAGUUGAGGAUCUCCUCACACAACAACGAAUGAUGGCAGGUAUGGCAAAGAAGAUGGGUGGGAACAUGAAGAACAUGCAAAGGGCACAGCAAGCCAUGGGAGGUGGCAACAAAGCACAACAACUAGCAGCGAUGCAAAAGAGACUACAAAGUAUGGGAGGAGCAGGUGGAGCAGGAGGAAUGCCAGAUAUGGGAAGUUUGAUGAAGAUGCUUGGUGGAGGUGGUGGAAUGCCUGGGGGUAUGGACAUGCAAGCCAUGAUGCGACAGAUGGGUAUGGGUGGAGGUGGUAUGCCUGGUAUGCCCGGUAUGCCAGGGCCUGGAGCUGGCAGAGGAAGAAGAUGA